AUGAACCUGCUACCCGAGACCAACGCCGGCGUCGUGACGUCCUGGAUCCCAAUCACGACAGCGCACCCCGAUCAAGCAGGUUGCGACGGUUACAAGUGGAGGUUCGUGCCCGACACCAUCGCUGCUUGGGACCCUGGCUAUGGAAUCAGUGUCCAGACGGACGCGACGUGUCUGCCAAAGGCCGUGACCACAUGGUGGCUGGCAGACCGGCUGGGUCUCAACACCCAAACAGUCCUGAGCGUAGGCCCCAUCACCUGUCCGGAAGCCUACUACACAGCGUCCGUGUCUGCCAAAGACGAGUCCAGCUCCCUUGUGGCAUGCUGUCCAGUGGACUAUGACUUUGUGGGGAAGUUCUACCAAGCCGGAGACACGGGACAGUGUACAUCAAUGUACAAACAAGGUGAUAUCGCCACAUUCGCUGAGCGCGAUUCUUCGGGGGCAUGGCACACUACGACUUCGACUUGCACAGCAGAUACCACCGUUGCGGCCAUCCCGGUGAAUGGCUGGAAGAUUGCGAUACCGACGAGUUCUUCCACCGGGACCUCAGGCGAUUGCCCGGCUUCGACCGCCUCUCUCGGUGAGGCCGCAGAGACAGCAUCGAGGGGAGGGAAUAGUACUUGCGCGACCGCCAACCAGCUCGGAACAGGCGCAGCGGUCGGUGUCGGUGUCGGUGUAUCAUUGGGGGUCACCGGACUCGCCAUGUUGGCAGCUGGCAUAUUCAUGAUGUACCGGGCGAGAAAGGCACUGAGCUCGCAACCCGUCGAAGAGAGGCGCGGGGGCGGUGACACUGCGGGAGGCCCAACGAAAUCAGAGACGCAGGUUUUUGCGACAUACUACCCCGAGAGUCGAGAGUCGAUAAAUCUGGUCGACAGACCCGCGCACUCGCCAUACGAAACCACAGUUUGGAGCAAGUCAUCAUCGCCAAACGCAUAUGCGCCGGCGCACGACCCGCACGCGCAAGCGUGGAUUGUUCCCCACGGAGAGAUGGACGGUGCGACGUCUCAGAACACCUACGUGCCAAUGCCCUAUAAGACCUAUGCGCCGCCAUCCCGCGAUGCAGGUGCCUACCCGCCGCCACUCCAGGAUGUACAGGUGACGCCAUCUCAUGAGACCCAUGUACCGCAAUAUCAAACUGCCCACGUGCCGCCAUAUCAAACUGCCCAUGUGCAGUCAACAACACCCCAGCAGGAAUUGGAAGGCGAAUAUGAUAGGAGCGUCAAGGUGUCGUUAUCAACGCCGUGGCUAACGAACUCACGGCCGGCACCGUCCUCUCGGUUUACGUGA